AUGAUUAACAAUCGUUUGGAUAAAAAUGUAAAGUACUAUAAACUAUUUUCAGUACUUGGGCUGGAUAUACAAGCCGCGCCCACUAAAGUGGAUAUUGGUGUCACCAGGUACCUGACCAUCAAAUGUCUGGCACCAAAAGAGAGCUCAUCGUCCAUGGAGAGCCUGAUCUCUUUGGUCAUCUCUAGAUCCGACGGUCCCCAAAAUGCCAUUUUCAAAGAACUCGCUUCCAUUAAUGUUUUUCAUGUAGACGGUCAGGUUAUCCAAAACACAAAUGAAAUCGAAACGUCAGAAGGAAAAAUUGACAAUGACGGUCUUUCAUACUUAACUCUUGUUUGGGAAUUCCCGGACACAAACAAAGCCGGUGUGUACAUGUGUUUAGCUAACGGUGUGGAUUUUUCCGGUCAUCCUUUUGUUAUAAACACAACCGUCACCGUACAGUCGGCUUAUCCUGGAGUUGACACAAUAGUAAACCAAGUCAGAAACUUGACCCUGCAAGUAGAGCAAAUGAACAUUUUAUUAAAUGGUGUUGAAAACUUUCGAGAAAUGUGGGUUGGCCGUUUACAGCGAAUGAAAAGUGUUAUAUUUAGCUACAAUACUUUCCACAACGGCCAUCGCUAUUAUCUAUCUCACGCACACGGUGUAGUUAUCGUACACGAAGCAGCAGCUGUUUGUGAAAUGUUUGGUGGUUAUUUGGUAGAGAUUGACUCCGCAGAAGAAUAUGCGUUUCUUAAAAGUUUUCUGAACAACCAUACAAAUUUUAGAUGGGUGUUUACUGGCGUUAACGAUGAACAGACUGACAACCAGUGGAUCAACACACACGCUGGCAGUGUUGCUUCAAGCUACUUCCAAUUUUAUACUGGAGAACCAAACGGCGGUCGUACAGAAAAUUGCCUAGGGUUUUUUCAGGGUUAUCCAGUACAGAUGACAGAUCUCCCGUGUACCUAUAAGCGGGAUAUUUUUGAUUUAGGCUUUAUGUGCGAAAUUGUUGAGUAA